GGGAGAGGCAGAAACUUGUCCAUUUAUAACUAAACAUUGCAAUAAUAGAGAGGCAGCAGAGAUAUAAAGUAGUCUGGCGCGUCUUCCCAGUUCUCACAUUUCUUUGUGAGGAAAACUUGAAAUAAUACUAGUGGCAGUGGGGGAGGGGGGCAGUAAGAAGUUGAAGGGAGGAGAAGUUAAGCAUUUGUUUAUUUUUGUCUUUAAAGCCCAGGUUAAAGGGGGAGGGGGUAAAGAAGAGGGUUGGUGGGAAAGUAGGAACGGGAGAGCCUCACAUGGAGAAAACAAUAAGAUGACACUCUGCUUGCACCAGCACUUUUAAAGAGACAUCCAAAAGACUCAGUCCGAUGUCCCAGGUGAGAACCGAGCUCCCCAGCCGCUCUUCGGACUCUCACAAUGGAGACCCUCUGGGCGAUCCCGCGCCCGUCCCAGCAGCCCCCAGUGCAGGUCAAGAUACAAAUGUGCACCCCUCCUCCAUGCCGAAUUCAGCGAUAGCACCAACAACUACAGACAGUCCAGCCUCAGCUUCUGUUUCUCAAAAUCAUACCACGGGUGUAAAGGAGGAAAACCCACCCAGGGAACAUUCAGCAUCUCACAGAUCCCUGGUGAAUGGAACAGCCUCUGCCAAAGCAAAAUCUGGUGACAACUGCCUAGUAGGAACAGAAACUGUGACACGCCAGCCCCAGAGCCGAGUAACUAUCCAAACUCCUCCAACUUCGACUCUUGUCCCUCUGCUACAGAAUGGUGCCGGGCACGUGCCGGAAGGGCUCGGUAGUUCCAAUGGAGAGGCUGGGAAUGGAGCUGUGUGCUCAGAACUCAGGUCGCUGUCAAGCUCUCAAAAACCUCAUCGGAAGUUACAGUCACAUCAUUCCAUCAACAGUCAAAUCAGUAAAAAGAGCAAAAGCAGCUCCAAAUCUGUGUCAUCCCAGAUUCCUACUGAAGCCCAGGAAGAUUGCUGUGUCCACUGCAUCCUCUCCUGCCUCUUUUGUGAGUUCCUGACCCUCUGCAACAUCAUGCUGGACUGUGCCACCUGUGGCUCCUGCAGCUCCGAGGAUUCUUGCAUCUGCUGUUGCUGCUGUGGCUCGGGGGAAUGUGCCGAUUGCGACCUGCCCUGUGACAUGGACUGUGGCAUUAUUGAUGCAUGCUGUGAGUCAGCUGACUGCCUGGAGAUCUGCAUGGAGUGCUGCGGCUUGUGCUUUUCCUCCUGAAACCUUGAGCCAGGUCUCAUUCCCAGGACAGGAGCUCUUGCUGUAAACUUGGAGAAGGACCUUGGUGGGAGGGCUUCCAUUAUUAUCCCUCCACCCCAUCCAAUGAUCAGGAUGCCAAAGAAGCUAAGUUUGGAAUAAGAGAUGAGCCCACUGAAGCUGACAG